AUGGAGGCGAAAAGUAAAGCAUUGAGUGCGCUGCUACAUCGCACAGCCAUAGAUGAUCACGAAGAGAUCCUCAAAGCCUGCAGUACCGCAUUGAAAACGUCGAAGGGCGACCUUGAAAUUCUCUAUACCAGGGUGAUUGCGUUGUUGAAACUUGAACGGCAUGACGAUGCUCUGGCAGCAAUAGAGGAAGGCGGCUAUCAAUUGAAGGAGAAAACUAAAGUCGAAAGAGCUUACGCACUGUAUAAAACAGGCCAACUAGAAGAAGCAAAGAAAUUGGCAAAAAGCAUAGGCGAUAAUCGAGGAGCAAGACAUGUCGAAGCUCAGGCUUCUUAUCGUUCCGAAGAUUUCAACAGCGCAUCCGCCGUAUACAGAGCUCUGAGUGAAGAUAAGCAGUCGGAAGAAAAUGACUUACGCAUCAAUAGCAGUGCCACAGACGCCAAUCUGGAAUGGUCGAACCAGGGAGACCUAGUAGAGAAAAAGAAGCAUUCGAGAGAGGAUCUGGAGCUGUUCGAGACUGCCUACAAUGCUGCGUGCGCAUCAAUCGCAAGAGGUGAGCUGCAGCAGGGCGGUGUAUUGCUUAAACGUGCCCAUGACACAACAGACCUCUGCAUGUCAAACGAGGACCUAACAGACGACGAGAAAGAAGCAGAGGUCCUUGCGAUUCGGGUACAACAGCUGUUCGUACUAAGCUCUCUAGGCAAGGGGGAAGAAGCAAGAUCCCUCGCUUCAAACAUAUCUACUGAAAGAUUGUCUGAUGCAUCAACCGUGAAGGUUGCUCAGAACAAUGCUAUUGCAGCUCGUAUCGAUCAAUCAAAUCCACAUCUGAAUCGUAGACUGCUUGACGCGAAGGCCAAUUUGCCCGCGACAGAUAAACUUUUCAAGUACCAAGAAGGAGUCCUCCAGCAGAACAGUCUGAGUCUUGAUCUUCAAGCGCAGAAACCUCAGAGCGUCAUCAAAACUACGGAAACCAUACUUAACAAAGCCCAGCCAUCUACCUCGCCCUACAUCAACGCACUCUCUGUGCUGAAUGCUUCAGCACAUGCUCAAGGCGAACUCGCGAAUUUUGGCCUGAAAAAGAUUUUGCCUCUCUUUGAAAAAAGACCCGUUGACCUUGGCCUGGCCAUGACUAUCAUUCAGCUUUAUGUUCUGACCAAUAACCAUGGCUCUGCCAUAAACAUAAUGGACAAACUCAUAAACCACCUCUCCAAAUCAGCAAAGCCGUCUGACCAAGACGUCCUCCACGCUCCUGGCCUGAUAGCUCUCCAGGUCUCCCUUUACAGCAGCCAGAACCGCAGAUCUCAAAUCAGAACAACACUGGCUCGGGCGGCUUCUUACUGGCGACGCAAAUCAAAAGCGCCGACAUCUCUUCUUCAAGCAGCUGGCACAACGCUCCUCGACUCUCCAGAGCCAGAGCACCAAGCCAUUGCCCGCGAAAUUUUCAGUAUCCUGCACCAGUCCGAUCCCGCCUCGCGCCUUGCAACGGCGGGUUUCAUCGCCUCUCACGCCCAAGCAUCCCCUUCAUCGAUUACAGAAACCGACCUGUCAGCUCUCCCACCACUAUCCGAACAGAUCCAGGGCAUCGACAUCGACGCUCUUGAAAAAGCGGGCGUGCUUGCUCUCCCCAACGUCCCCUCCACCACCAUCUCGUCAACACGCAAGCGACAACUGGAAGACUUGCAGAAGCCGAAGAAGAAGCGUAUCCGUUUCUCGAAGCGUCCAAAAGACUUCGAUCCAGACAAGAAGAUGGAUCCGGAAAGGUGGUUGCCACUUCAAGACCGAAGCUCCUAUCGACCAAGUAGGAAGAAGGGAAAGAGAAAGGAAGGGGAGAGGGAGAGAACACAAGGGGGUGUCGCGGGGGGUGAUAAAAUGAUGGAGAAAGGUGGUGAGGUCGUAAAAGGUGCGGAGAAGGUGGGCGGAGGAGGAGGCAAGGGGAAAGGGAAGAAGAAGGGGAAGAGGUGA